AGGUCGCACGGUGGCUGCUGCAUCCAUAGUGAGCCGGGAGCCCAGGUUGUGCCGCUGCUGCUCCCCAGCGGGGUGUGUGCGGGGACAGACCUGCAGUAACCCCGCUCUGUGCGCAGCCGGGGGACUCUCCGGGCGCUGGACCCAGCCCCUGGGGCAGCCCCGGGCUCUGCCGACACCAGCCCCUGAGCCGGAGCCUGCAGGAGCUGGUGAUCUUUGAGGAGGCGGCUGUGUAUUCCACCAAGGGGCACGUCUCACCGCAGGGCCCCCUGCAGGUUCGCCAUGCAGGAGAACUACGAGAACGUGAUCUCGCUGGCGGAGGAGAUUGCGAUCAGCUGGCCCCGGAUAACCGCUUUUGCCGAGUCCCACAGAAGGAGAGGAUUGGUGUCCGGUAUAGAGAUGGAGUCAGAGCAGGGCCAGCUGGAGCCAGCCCAGGUGCAGAACUCAGCCACGGCUGGGCCCAGUGAAGGAGGGAUGACCCCUGACUUGCGUCGGCAGCUGGGUCUCAUCCUGCAGACCGCCGGCCGGAGCCAGGUGGAGAAGAUGCUGCGGGAGCUGGUGAGGGAGCAGAGCCAGGAGGGCAAGCGCAAGACUCGCAAGAAAGCCACAAGGAGUCCCAAGGAUGGAGCAGGUGACGGGGUGCCAAGUGACAACGAGGAGGAGACUCCCCUACAGGAAGGCUCUGAGAAGGCGGAGUCACCUGAGGCCUUGCCAGGAAAAACCGAGGGCCCUGAUCAGGGUAAAGCCAGUGGGAGCCAGUGCCGGUCGGAAGGGCAGCCACCGCAGCAGAAGAGCCCUGUGCUGGGGAAGCAAGAGGGCAAAGCCGCUCGCCGCGCCAGUCUCAAGAAGGGGAAAGAGCCCCCACUGUCGCAGCAGCAGCGGGGGGCAGGCGUCUGCACUGAGUGUGGGAAGGACUAUGGCUGCGGGCGGGCAGCACAGCGGGUGCAGACGCCGGAGAAGCCGCACCAGUGCGGGGAGUGUGGGCGCUGCUUCCGCCAGCGCUCCAUCCUGGCCAAGCACCAGAAGAUCCACACAGGGGAGAAGCCCUACCGCUGCGACGACUGCGGCAAGUGCUUUAGCCGCGGCUCCAACCUGACACAGCACCAGCGUAUCCACACCGGUGAGCGCCCCUUCCACUGCGGUGACUGCGGCAAGAGCUUCAUCCAGAAGUCGGACCUGGAGCGGCAUCAGCGUGUCCACACCGGCGAGCGCCCCUACCAGUGCGGCCAGUGUGGCAAGUGCUUCAGUGUCAGUUCCCACCUGGACCGGCACCGGCGCACCCACCUGGGGGAACAGCGCCGCCACCAUGCCUGCGGAGGAAGCAAGGGCUGUGGCGGCGGCCCAUCAGCCCGUCACCGGGCCUGCCAGGCUGAGGAGGAAGAGGAGGAGGAGGCGGUGGCUGCCCACCAGUGUCCGGAGUGCGGGAAGUGCUUUGCCCAGCGGGCCUCACUCUCUAAGCACCGCAAGACCCACAGUGGCGAGCGGCCCUACCAGUGUGGUGACUGUGGCAAGCGCUUCAGCCGGAGCUCCAACCUGACCCAGCACCAGCGCAUCCACACCGGCGAGCGCCCCUUCCAGUGUGGCGACUGUGGCAAGCGCUUCAUCCAGCGCUCCGACCUGGAACGGCACCAGCGCGUCCACACCGGCGAGCGGCCCUACACUUGCCCCGACUGUGGCAAGAGUUUCAGCGUCAGCUCCCACCUGGACCGGCAUCAGAAGAUCCAUGCUGCUGAGCAGGCCUCCUACCGCUGCCCCGAGCACCUCAAGGGCUUCCUGGCCGCACACCAGCACGGCAAACUCUUCAAGUGCUCUGACUGUGGACGCUGCUUCAGCCAGAGCGCGGCGCUGAUCAAACACCAGCGGGUGCAUGCCAGCGAGAGGCCCCACCAGUGCACGGACUGCGGGAAGAGCUAUGUGGCCUGCGGCGCUGGCCCCAAGGCCCAGGCAGCAGCUGGAGGGAAGCCCCACAAAUGCACCGACUGCGGGAAGAGCCUGGGUGGGAUCUCAGCCCCUGUGCUGCAUCCCAGGCUGCGCGCCCAGCAGUGUAUGGACUGUGGGAAGAGCCUGGCAGCGGGGAAGCCCCUGCCACCACCGGCGGAGAAGCCAUUCAAGUGCACAGACUGCGGGAAGGGCUUUGGGCAGCGCUCGGCCCUUGUGAAACACCAGCGGAUCCACACGGGUGAGAAGCCCUACGCCUGCCCCGACUGUGGAAAGGGCUUCAUCCAGAAGUCAGACCUGACCAUCCACCGUCGCAUGCACACUGGGGAGAAGCCCUACCGCUGCCCUGAGUGCGGCAAGUGCUUCAGCGUCAGCUCCAACCUCAUCACCCACCAGCGCACCCACCUGGGCGAGAAGCCCUACCAGUGCUCUGAGUGUGGCAAGAGCUUCAUCCAGCGCUCGGAGCUCACCAUCCACCAGCGUGUGCACACUGGCGAGAAACCCUACAAGUGCCCCGAGUGCGGGAAGUGUUUCAGCCGCAGCUCCCACCUCAACCGGCACCAGCGCACCCAUGCUGGCGACAAGCCCUCGCUGCUCUCCGCCACCAAGAACUCCGCUGCUGCUGCCACCAGCAACCCCCUGCAGGCCUCCUCCGCCUUCUCCUCUGCCUCCUUCUCCUCCCCGUUGGGUACCUCCUCUGCCCCCCUCCCCGCUCUACCCUCUUUCCCUUCCUCCCCCUCACCCAUCUCCAUCCCCGCCCUCUCCAACAACCCGCUGGAUCUGCCCUGGGCCCUGUCCUUCCCAUCCCGUGGCUUCCCCCACCCUUCCUUCCCCUCGCCUGCUCCAUCCGGCGCCCCGGCCUCAUCACUGAUAAACUAACCACCUUCCGCAGCUUCACCGUUCCCCCUUGCUCCCCCUAAUUCUUGCCUGCCUCCCUUCUUAUUCCCCAUGAAUCUUGCCUGUCUCCCUCCAAUCUCCCACCUGGCACCACAUAAUCUCAACUCUCCCGCUCCUGGUACCCCAUGAAUCUCGCCUUUCUCUCCAACACUCCCAUCGUCCCCACUCCCUCCCACCCCCAUCCCCACCAGCACUGCCAAGUCUCUUGCAGUUUCAUGGUGAGUCUCAUGAUAUUUGCCGUUUUCCCUAAAGCCUCAGUUCCUGGAGCCAGGGGAUUUUCAUGAGACCCUCAGGUUUGAAAGUUUGUCGUCCUCCUGGUUGCAGAGAAAUGCAGGAAAACAUGAUCCGUGGCGACUCAGACACCAGAAGCCAAAUAAUGCCAACGCUGAAUUUAGUAUUUUUAAGCCAACUUCUUGAUUGUUUGGGGGCCUGUAAAGGCAUGGGGCUAGUGAUACUGCAGUGGGGCCAUGGCUAUGAAGCUGGUCUUGUCUUUCUCCUUUCCCCAGUCCUUCUCUUCCUUCGGCAUUCAUGCCAUCCACCUCUUCUCUGCUUACCAUCCUUUUGGCCUUUCCCCCAGGCACUCCUAGUUCCUCCACUUCUCCUUUCCAUGUCCCCAAUUCCUGUACCAGUGGCCCCUCCGAUUCUGCCGGACGACAUCCUUAUUCAGCCCUGCAGCGCUGGACCAGAUGCCCUCCCUGGCUCGUCACCAGCUUUGGCCCCUCUCUGGGCAAGGCGGUUGCUGAGCCCUCUCCAUCUCUGAUGCUCUCCAUCUUCACUCUGUGUGAUCCACACAGGUAUCAUGGUGCUGUUGUAAAAGGAAUCUUAGGAGGCCCAGGCCAGAAUGGAAAGGCAGAUAGGCCGAGACUGGAAGCAUCCUGUGCUGAGAGCAGCAGCAAAGUCCCAUGCUCCUCUGGAGAGUGGAAUGAACAAUUCAAUCCCUACCCUGCAGAGUUCAAGUGUCCAGAGACACAACAGCCUAGCAAGCUGAGCCUCUGACUGCGUGGGCUACUGGAGGACUGGCAUCUCUGUACCUGUAGACCAAGCAUAGGUUGGUGGGGGAAGGUUAGAGUUAGAGCUGGUCAACAUUUGUCACAUUUUGAUGAAAAAUUAUGUUGACCUUUUGAAUUUUGAUGAAAAAGAAAAGACAAGAAAUUAAUUUUCCAACAUUGAUUGUGAAUCUCCUCCCCUCCUUUUUUUUUUUUCCUUCUUCUUUUUGAACAUCUCUAGAGCACGGCCAACAUUGUCUGGACUUUCAAAACUUCUGGGCAAAUUUUAGAAUUUUGAAAUUUUGAAAACUGGACCUGACAUUUUUAUUUUUAUUUUUUUGCUUCCUCUCCCCUUCCACCCUGUUUUUCAACUGCCUCUAGUUAGGAUCAUCAGUGAAAAGCUAGGUAACAGUUAUCACUCAAACUAAUUUCAUUUGGCUCGUCCCAUAUUUCUGCUUCCAUCUUGGAUCAAUUACUAUCUCUGACUGCUCUUGCAACUCUGUUUUCCAAGUCUGUUUUGAUUUUUCUUUUUUAAAAUUUUUGUAACCUUGUAAAUACACCGGUGAUAGUUUUAGACUCUGUAAAUAUUUUUUAAAAAUCUAUUUUCCUGUUAUUCGUAGAGGAGAAUGCUGUGUUUUAAACACCUGCUGUACUGUAAUGAAGAAGGAGGGAGUCUGGGAGGACAGAUCCAGACUUAGCCACCCUCCCAGCACACUACUUGAUACCCAAAGAGAGAUUCCCCUUCAGCCCCAGACCAUUUAAGAAAUGGAAGAGUCAGUGUGGUAGCAAGUAGCUGCAAAUACUUGAGGCUACUUAAAUCCAUAUUUAGGCUGAUGUAUCCAAAUGCCAAGUGUCCAGCAUAUCCCAAAUCACCCUUGCAUUUUGCAACUGCUGUCACUUAUUCCCACAUCCCAGCUGGAAUUUCAUGCACCACCCGCCCAAGUGUUUGCCUUCAGGUCCCUCUUUCUGCUACACAUGAGCAGGCAAGGUGCCUCCCUGACUUGCCUUUUGCUGCCCACUGGCACUGGAUCCCAGCAGGGAAGGAACACAUGGGAAAAGCAGAAGGCAGCAGCACUGGGCCCAGCUGGCAGGGAUGGAAUAUGAGGAGAUCAGUACAAGCCACAUGAUCCCCUGGCUGCUUCCCAGACAGCAGCUCUGACACUUCAGCAUCCAUCCUCCCCAGCAUUUUCAGCACCCUUCAGACAGCACCGAGAUGCUCUCUCCACACUCAACAACCCACCCAUCUCCCUGCAGCUUUCCAAGGUUUGUGUAACCCCAUGUCCUGCCCCAUCAUUGCUGGGGGCACAGCAGUGUCAGAAGAUAAGAAAAUAAGAAUGGCCGUACUGGGUCAGACCAAUGGUCCAUUUAGCCCAGUAUUCGGUCUUCCAACAGUGGCCAAUGCCAGAUGCCCCAGAGGGAAUGAACAGAACAGGUAAUCAUCAAAUGAUCCAUCCUCUGGUUGCCCAUUCCCAGCUUCCAGCAAACAGAGGCUAGGAAUACCAUCCCUGUCCAUCCUGACCAAUAGCUAUUGAUGGACCUAUCCUCCAUGAAUUUAUUUAGUUCUUUUUGAACCCUGUUAUAGUCUUGGCCUUCACAACAUCCUCUGGCAAAAAGUUCCACUGGUUGACUGUGCGUUGUGUGACAAAAUAAUUCCUUUUGUUGUUUUAAACCUGCUGCCAAUUUAUUUCAUUUGGUGACCCCUAGUUCUCGUGUUAUGAGGAGUAAAUAACACUUCCUUAUUUACUUUCUCCACACCAGUCAUGAUUUUAUAGACCUCUAUCAUAUUCCCCCUUAGUCAUCUCUUUUCCAAGCUGAAAAGUCCCAGUUUUAUUAAUCUCUCCUUGUAUGGCAACCAUUCCAUACCCCUAAUCAUUUUUAUUGCUCUUUUCUGAAUCUUUUCCAUUUCCAAUAUAUCUUUUUUGAGAUGAGGCCACCACAUCUGCACACAGUAUUCAAGAUGUGGGCAUAUCAUGUAUUUAUAUAGUGGCAAUAUGAUAUUUUCUCUCUUAUUAUCUACCCCUUUUUUAAUGAUUCCCAAGAUUCUGUUUGCCAGAAGCUGCAGUUUAUGAUGACAUGCAAAGUGGUUGCAAGCAUGCAGAUUAACUUAUUAAAUCAUUAGAGAGCCAAGGUGGGGGAGGUAAUAUCUUUUAUUGGACCAACUUCUGUUGGUGAGAGAGACAUGCUUAUAAACUACAUAGAGCUCUUCUUCAGAUUUGGGAAACUUAGACCAGGUCUACACUGCAGAAUUACUUGAUAUCAGCUACAUCACUCGGGUGUGAAUGAUCCACACCCCUAAGCGACAUAGUUGUAGUGGCCAGGCAAUCACUUCAUUCUCAAAUGAACUCACACAUAAAAAUAAUAUAAGACAACUUUAUCACCAGUGUGUGAAGACUUGUCACAAAGUAAUCCCCCCAUAUCUGACCUGCUGCACACCUUCAAAACAUGAGCCUGGGAAUUUAAAUUCAUAACUUUGCUAGACGCUUAAAAUCAUGGUCUUAAUAAAGACACUGGAUUUAUGACUUAUUAUAUUUACGUAACCCACUAACCCCCUUUUUGUUCUGUGACUACAAGGGCGUUAGUCACAUUCUGCCUUGAAUGGUCCCUUAGAAUAAGGGCUUAUUACUUAUGCUGAACUAUCUGUUUGAUCUUGAAUUUAGCUGUGACACUCUGAGCCCUGGUCUGCACCACAGAAUUACUGUGGUAUAACUACAUUGCUUACACCCCAAGUGGUGUUACACUGACCUAAGUGCCAGUGUAGACAGUGCUAUGUUGGCGUCAUGGAUUAACUGUGCCACUGAGAGAGUUCUCUCUUGUCAGCGUAGAAUGUCUUCAUUGAAGCACUGCAGCUGUGCCGAUGCAGAAUUUUCAGUGUAGACUUCCCCAGAGUACCUUUCACACAUCUGAAGGAGAGCUGCAUGUGGCUCGAAAGCUUGUCUCUCUCUCCAGCAGAAGUUUGUCCAAUAAAAGAUAUUACCUCACCCACCUUGUCUUUCUAACAUCCUGGGACCGACAUGGCUACAACAACACUGCAUACAUCAUUACAUCUUUGGAAAACUCCAGCCUAAAUGAGUGGCCUAAUUUUUCAGAGCUGCUGUGCUCCUGGCCCAUGACUGGGGCCCCAAGUAUUACACCCUUGAUAGUAAUAAAUGAAAUACUGCUGCUUCUCCUUGACACUGAUAGUCUUUAUGGAUGCCCAGUGCCCCUGAGAACAAGGCAGAUUUCAUUUAGAUGCGUCAAUGUGAAAAACUCCAACUGAGAAUUCUAUUCUAGUAAAGUGGGUUUUUUACCCACAAAAUUUUAUGCCCAAAUAAAUCUGGUAGUCUUUAAGGUGCCACCGGACUCCUCGUUGUUUUUGUGGAUGCAGACUAACAUGGCUACCCUUCUGAUACUAUUCUAUCCGAGUGUUUUUUAUACCACUUUCAUCACCAUAGCAUCUGAGUGCCUUCCAGUAGUGCGUUAAACGUCUGUCUAAUAUCUAACAGUUUAGGCACUGAGGUCUAACAAUUCGGACUUAAAUAUAUGUUUUUAACCCUCCCAUAAAAAGACCCAGAAAACUGUACUGUACAGCUGACUAAAGAACCAGGCUUCUUUUGAACUCUUGUGUUUUGGGAUCAUCCUAGCUUUUUCUUGGGUCAUGAAAGAAAAGGAAAAUGAGAUUUGGAAUCCCCAAGCAUUUUCAAAUUUGGGUUUUGGCUUGGAGCAUCUCUUUCUGACAGAGUGGGGUUUGACGCUUCAGAGUAUAAACACCCCCAGCCCAGUGAAAAAAACAGUCUUCCCACAAAGUCUAUGAAUGGGUUUUUCAUCAUCAGGAUGGGAAACUUGGAACCGGAAUGCAAGUGCCAGCUGAUCCAGAGAUCUGUUUGAAUAUUCAGAGUUACUUGGUCCAGGAGGUUCCUUGUUUUAAAGAAACAGACACUUGAAAUGACAGAAGAAAACCUUUGUUGGUUUUGGUUUGAAGUUUGAUUUCAUGCAUACGGUGAGGAACCAUAAAAUCAAUUAAUCUGAUUAAGUGACAAACUUAGAUGUUAAAUUAUUUGCAGCCUUUAAUUUUGUGUUAGUACCUUAGGUUCCGCAAUGACAGGAUGCUUUGAAGACAGACACUUAGACCUGUUAAAUAGAAAAACAGGUAGAAAGACAGGGAUAUCAAGAAGGAACUGCAUCAGGAGAGGUAUAGCCUACAUAACAGAGGCCUUUGUGCAACCUGAGACUCAAUCUUGUGUGUGAACUAGAAGACCAAAAGAUUCAGACACAUGAUCUUGUUCAGCAAUAAGGAUGAGGUAUUUUUUGGUGGGACACCAGUGUGCGCUAUUGCAGCUGGAACUGGAAAUGUUACACAUGGAGUGAACCCGCAAGAACCAGAGAAGUAUCAAUGCCAGAAGGAAUGUUACAUUGACAAGGAGCAAGAUCUCAAGGGAUGGCAUUGUCAGGAAGAGCCACAGGGCUGUCGCAGUCAUGAGCAUAGAGACUGUUACAGCAGCUGUUGGUCUUUCACUUGAGGGUGAUGGUGAAAGAUGAAGAAUAACCUCCACAGCUUUAAACAAUUAUUCUGUAUACACACUGCUGAAGGAUGCCUGAUCUGAGGGGGGUUUAUUAUGUACUUUCGAGGAAAUUUGUGAAUGGUGCAAAUUGAAAGAAGAAACAGGUGUUUUUCACCUGUCACCACUGUUUCUGGGGAAGCACAUAAGGCUGAUGCUAGACCAAGCUCUUGUGCUACAAUGAGAGCUGUUCUGCUGGUGAUGGAAGCAUAGUGCAGAUGCUUCUGCCUGCUCAUUAAAGGGGCUGGUACAAAUUGUAUGCAGGGUUUCCAUGCCAGUGACUCUGAGAAGCCGUCAGAGGCAUCUCCCUAGAAAAACUGUGAGAUGUAUCUCUUCAUGGACAGUUUGAGGGCAUGUCACAGGGAUCUGAGAGUCUGAAAGCUGAACCAAUCGGAAAGGCUGAUGGGAUGAUAGAUUGGUACCAUAUCUGCUAAAGGCUCCAUGGCAGAGUCAGCCCUUGGAAACGCUGGCCAGUUUGCCUGCUUGUGCUUCCCUUUGGAAUGAUAAAUGCUCCAGUGACAUUUCAAGGCAUGGGCAACAAAGAGGCACUAGGUCUGAAUGGGAAUACAUUUGUCUGCAGCUAGAGGUGUGAGGUAUGCCCAAACCAUGAACCAACUCUGUCAACGAGGCUGCUACCUAGAGCAGCAGACCUGUUGCUGGGGUGCGAAAAUGGGCAGGGUAGGGGUGCUUAAGUGGUGAGCCUGUUAGGGUGGGGUGUACCAAAGACUGGUACACUAUGAAGAAGGCUUUUGGGGACCAGGGAGGUUACUGCUGCAGUAGCAUUGGGAGCACCUGACACAGAACAGCAUGCGUUGAACCGCAUCCAGCCAAAGGAGACAGAAGGCUGUACUGAGAGUAUCACUGGAAACGUAGUGGGGGUGGUUUCUGAAAUGAUUCCCUGAGUCUGCUCUUGCUGAAAUUAAUGGGAAGACUAGACAGCUCAGUCAACGCCACUUGCCUUUGAAAAUGCCCACCUCUAAGGCCACGCCCUAAAGGGUCAACCCACCCCUCAUCUUGGGUACUGCAGCCAACUGUCUUCUACCCACAGGAGGAAGGAUAUGGCACAAACAGAGAUGUGAUGCAGAAGGGCAAAGAAGAAUAUCAGGGUCUUUGAUAGAUUUAUAAAGGUCAGGACUUAGUGUAGAGGGGAGGUGGCAUGAUGGAGAGAAUGAAUAGUACAGUGGGUGCUCUCCUUCAUGCCAUUCCCAUAACAACCACUAUAGGGAGCACAUGGUGGAAUUUAAAAGUCACCUAUUAAAAGAUGAUAGAAGAGAAAAAGUAGUUGCACCCAGUGUGUAAUUAACCUGUGGAACUCAUUCCCACUGGUAUUACUGUGGCAAUGGGCUGAGUAGUGAGUGUUUCAUAAAAACUUUAGUUGUGAAUGGGCUACAUUUUCCAAAGUGGCUUAAGACGCCUUUGAAAGUGGCCUGGUUUUCAGAAAGGUGCUGAGCCCCCCUCUCUGAAAAGCAGUCCCCGGAAAGGGUCUCAAGUCAUGCUUCCAAAAAUGGAGGCAACCAAAAUCAAUAGUCUCUUCAGAAAAGUCAGGCCUGCUGCAGGUAACAAGCUCUGCCGUUCCACGACCAAGGCGAAAAACGCGGGCAUGUUAUGACGCUCCUGCCACUGGGCACGAACCAGUCACUGGCUGAUGGAGGUAAGGAACAAAAUUCCCCCUGAGGAAGGGAAUUGUAUAAAUGCACCUUCAUCUAAAGCUGCUGACACUGGCCACUGUGAGAGACUGGGUACGGGACUAUGUGGAGCCUAAUCCAGUGUGGCAGUUCCUCCAUUUCUAGGGCAUGAGCAAGUUUUAACUCACUAAAGUGAAUGGCAGAGAUUGUGACACCUCUGUAGGCAGCAUUACUGAAAUACCGUGUCAAGACCAAAAAACCCUAUUCUCUAGUUAAACCUUUUCAGCAGAGCUGGUGUCAGGGUCCUUGUAGCAUUGCUAUUCCAAUACAGUGAUAAUACAAUGACUUGGCACACCGAUGAGUUGCUGUGAAAAGGGGGCUGAAUGAUACUAAACAUAGGGUUGCCAACUCUCACAAGUUUAGUAUGAGUCUUGUGACAUUUGAUGUUUUCCUUUAAGCCCCAGCUUCUGGAGGCAUGUGAUUAGGGGUGAAUCUGAGCUUUCAUUUAAAACAGUUUCUAGCCUUUGUGGUUGAAGAGAAAAACUUGAAAAUUGGACCUGAAUGUGAACCGAAAGCAAAAUGAAAAUCCCUAAAUUGAUUAUUUUUUUAAACAGAACCUCUUGAUUUUUUAAAUCAGUCUGAUGAUUUUUGGAGCUUGGCUCUUGAUUUUUUAACAUCUUGGAAUUGGCAGUGCUAUAAAUGUGUCCUGGGGCCAUAGGAAAACUAGGCCAGUGGGGCCAUGGAAAUGAAAACGGAGGGAUGAAAAUGGAUAGGCAGGUGACAAAGAUUUCUGGCCACGUGCACUGCCAAAGAAAUGCACUAUGCCUGUUCUCUUGAGGGGAACAAAGAGGCAGCUGAAGUGCGGUUCUAUCUUGGGGAAGUGACUGCAAAAUUGUAUUGGGUUUGUUGUCUCUCAGUGACGACUCAGUGGAGAAGUCGAAAAGAUCCUGCUUUUAAAUGCCAGUCCCACAAACUCAGCUUGGGAACUGAGUGUGGAGCUGGGCUCUUUUUGUAUCGUCAGCACCGACAGUGAGUCUGCCACUGGACUCAGCUCUGGAGAUGACGCAUGAGCCAGAUGAAAAGCAUGGGAGAGGGGUGGGCUGGUCUGGUCUGGAGGGGACUGUGCACAGGGCUGGGCCUGGGGAAGCCCUGGUUUCCAAUCCUUGCUCUGCUGGAAAUCUCUGUCUCGGGUGGAGUUAGUCAUUGUUGCCUUCUUGUGCCUCAGUUUCCCUGUCUGUAACACGGGGGGAUAACAGUGCUACCCACUCACCUUGCAUUGGGUCUGUGAGGGUGAAUUGCAUAACAUCUGCUCUGCACUUUGAACCUGUAAAUGCUAUAUCCCUUCGUCGUGUUAUCAGUAUAAAGUUGGGAAAAAGUAAAGACAUACAUGGGGAAUAGGAUGAUGCAGUAAGAAGAGGCCUGUUUAAACUCUGUCUAACCCUUUUAUCAUUGUAGCAUCUCACACGCCCCUGUGAGGUAGGUAAAUGCUAACAUGCCCAUGUUACAGACGGGGAACAGAGGCACAGAGACGCUAGGGCACAGACCGCACUACAUACAUCACUCUAGUAUCCUGGCUGAGUCCCCCCCACCCCAUGGAGAUGCAGCUGUUUUCCUGGUAUAGUUAAACCACUUCCCUGAAUGACAUAAGCUAUGCCAACAAAAGGGCUCAUUGGCCAGGGUAAGCUGUGGCUACAUGGGGGUUUUGCCAGCACAGCUCUGGGGACAUGAUUUUGUUUCUCUCCCAACUGACAAAGCUUUGCUGGAAAAAUUGGUAGCAUAGCCCAGGCCUUAGUGAUUUUCCCAAGGUCAUGCAGAAAGGCGGUGGUAGAGAAGGGACCUGAACCAAGAGCUGGGGAGUCCUAAGUCAGUGAUUUAACCACUGGGCCAUCCUUGCUCUCUGAAAAGCUGCUCUUGAGAGCUAUACUACACUUAGUGGUUUGUCUGGGCAGCAUCUUUGCUGAAGGCUGAAGGACAGCAGAGGGUUUGUCUAUGGGGGAGGGGAAAUGACCAGCAUAGCUGUAGUGCAAUAACUAUUGUACAAUAGUUUUUCUAGAAUAAUUCUCCAGUAUGGACGCACUAUUGGGAAAUAAAAAGUGACUUUACUCUGGAGUACUCCAUGUAAUUAUUCUGAAAUGAUUCCCCCUGGGGGAGUUAGGAUGGAAUAGUUAAACUAGACCAGAAUGGAAUAGCCAUGCCAGGAAAUCUCUCCCAUGUCGACAUGGUCUCAGUAUUUGCCCUAAAUGCUCUCUUGUGUCCCUCUGGGACAGCAGAGGCAGGCCGAGUUGUGGAUUUGCCUGGGUGAGGGAUGAUGGGAACAACCUGUCUCUAGGGCUAGGAUCCUAGAUGCGGAGCUGGUUGAUGGUUAUAGAAGCAAACGAGUUUCAUUUUGAUAGUCCUGUAUUUUACUUAAGUGUCGGCCCUUUGGAGUGUUUUUAUGAGAGUUGCUGUUAGUUUUCUGAGCCUGUUUCCAUUUUGCUCUGCUUUUGUAUCCUCUGUAAAUAGCCCAAGUGGUAGCGUUAGAGCCUGUAAAUAAAUAAACUUGACCUUUUUAUCUGUUUGUCCCCAA